AUGCGCCUCGGUCUGCGCGUGCUUUGCGAGCUCCUGCUGGUCGUCGUCAGUCUCUUCGUGCCGGACCGGCGAGCCCUCGACGACAUGGCCAAGAAGCUGUCAAAAGCCAACGCGGCAGCGUCGCACUCAAGCGUCGCCACGACGCACUCGGACUCGACCCAGACCUCCAACUUUUCCUCGUCUUCGUCGGUCAACAAGGCCGGCCUCUCGGCGCCAGGGCCGAGCUCGCUACCGCCCGUCCUGACCGACGAGGAGCCCCUCCCCCGCCUCAUCGUCUUUGACCUAGACUACACUCUCUGGCCGUUCUGGGUCGACACGCACGUCACGCCCCCGAUCAAAGCGGUGGCGCCCGCCGACAAGAGCCAGCACUGCAGCGCAGUGACGGACAAGAUCGGCGACACGUACUCGUUCUACGCCGACGUGCCACGCAUGCUGUACACGCUGCCCAUGGCCGGCGUGAGGCUGGCCGUGGCGUCGCGCACGCACGCGCCCGACCUCGCCCGCGACGUGCUAAAGCAGCUGCAGAUCCCGCCCUACGCCGCCGCCGCCGGCCUGGCCAACCUGGCCAACAACAGCAGCAUGCCCGCGACGCCGGCCGCGGCCCAGAAGCAGCUGGCAAAGGAAAAGCCUCGCAGGGCCCUCGACGUCUUCGACGCCGGCCUGGAGAUCUAUCCCUCCAGCAAGGUGCGGCACUUUGACGCCAUACAAAAACGCACCGGCAUCCCAUACAGCGAGAUGAUUUUCUUUGACGACGAGGCCCGCAACAAGGAGGUCGAGCAGGCGCUCGGCGUGCUCUUUUGCCACGUCAAGGAUGGCAUGACGUGGGACGAGCUGGAGCUGGGCGUCAGGAGGUGGCGGAGGAGGAGACAGAACUGA